UAAAAGCGGACCCCUCUUUGUCCCAAAUUUCAAACUUCAUCAAAUCUACUCUCGUUAACGCCGGUCGUUCUCAUUUCAAUCCCUUACAACCCAAUAACUUUCAUUUAAACUAAAGUUUAUCAAACCAACCACUUUCCCUCAACCAAACUUCAAAUUCUAUCAAACAUGGUCUCCGUCAAGAUUUUCUCCAUCCUUGCCAUUGCUGCUACCGUUCUCGCUGCCCCCGCCGCCGUUGAGAAGCGUUCCUUCUCCGGUGAUGCUACCUACUACAACCCCUCUGCUGGUACCAAUAGCUGCGGUACUCAAGCUUCCGACAGCGACAUCAUGGCUGCCAUGAACGUCGCUCAAAUGCAAAACGGUGCCAACCCCAAUGCCAACCCCAACUGCGGACGCAAGGUUGCUAUCAAGGGUCCCAAGGGCUCCGUCACCGUCACUAUCUUGGAUACUUGCCCUGGCUGUGCCUCUGGUGAUAUUGAUAUGUCUCCCGCUGCUUUUGAUAAGAUUGCGGAUGAAGCUCAAGGUCGCGUUCCCAUCACCUGGAACUGGGCUUAAGUGAUUCUUCACUUACUUGAACCGUUUCGCGGGUUAUCAGCGAGUUCUGUAUCUCAUAUACCUUGUUUGUUUCCCGGCUUUAAACACCCUGUUUAAAGUCUCGUAGAGUAAAUAUCUCAAUUCAAUUGUAACUAGAAGUUUGUAUCGCUGUGUCCUCAUAAAUAUAACACAAAAAAAACCCAACCAAAAAACUAUUUUUUGAUUGUCAAUCCCGUG